ACACGCGGCCGGGUUGCCACAAGCAACCGGCGCGUCCCCGCCCGGCGGUCAGCUGAUGGGCCGCCCGCGGGGGAGGCCGCGGCUCGAACAUGGCGGCCGAGAUCCAUUCCAGGCCGCAGAGCAGCCGCCCGGUGCUGCUGAGCAAGAUAGAGGGCCACCAGGACGCCGUCACCGCCGCGCUGCUCAUCCCCAAGGAGGACGGCGUGAUCACCGCUAGCGAGGACAGAACCAUCCGAGUAUGGCUGAAGAGAGACAGCGGCCAGUACUGGCCCAGCAUCUAUCACACAAUGGCCUCUCCUUGCUCUUCUAUGGCUUACCAUCACGACAGCAGGCGGAUAUUUGUGGGCCAGGAUAACGGGGCUGUGAUGGAAUUUCACGUUUCUGAAGAUUUUAAUAAAAUGAAUUUUAUCAAGACCUAUCCAGCCCAUCAGAACCGAGUGUCUGCUAUCAUCUUCAGCCUGGCUGCCGAGUGGGUGAUCAGCACUGGCCACGACAAGUGUGUGAGCUGGAUGUGCACACGCAGCGGGAACAUGCUUGGCCGUCACUUCUUCUCAUCAUGGGCUUCCUGUUUGCAGUAUGAUCUGGAUACUCAGCAUGCCUUUGUCGGUGAUUACUCGGGACAAAUCACUCUGCUGAAGCUGGAGCAGAACACCUGUUCGGUUAUCACGACCCUCAAGGGACAUGAAGGUAGUAUCGCCUGCCUUUGGUGGGACCCUAUCCAAAGGCUACUCUUCUCAGGAGCAUCUGACAACAGCGUCAUCAUGUGGGACAUCGGGGGACGGAAAGGCCGGACACUCCUCCUUCAGGGCCACCAUGACAGGGUGCAGUCACUGUGCUACCUGCAACUUACGAGGCAGCUCGUCUCCUGCUCGGCGGAUGGUGGCAUCGCAGUGUGGAACAUGGAUGUUAGCAGAGAAGAGGCUCCUCAGUGGUUAGAAAGUGAUUCCUGUCAGAAGUGUGAGCAGCCCUUCUUCUGGAAUAUAAAGCAGAUGUGGGACACGAAGACGUUGGGGUUGAGGCAGCAUCACUGCAGGAAGUGUGGGCAGGCUGUCUGUGGGAAGUGCAGCAGCAAGCGGUCCAGUUACCCCGUCAUGGGCUUUGAGUUCCAGGUUCGAGUUUGUGAUUCCUGUUACGACUCCAUCAAAGAUGAGGACCGGACUUCUCUAGCAACCUUUCAUGAAGGAAAACAUAACAUUUCCCAUAUGUCCAUGGACAUUGCAAGGGGACUGAUGGUGACCUGUGGGACAGAUCGUGUUGUAAAGAUAUGGGAUAUGACUCCUGUGGUGGGCUGCAGCCUGGCAACUGGAUUUUCUCCACACUGAUCCCGGAGCUGGAUGAUGUCGUCUACACGUUCCGCACAGCAACCUCCAUGAACCGAAACCCUUCGUGUAGCUCAACAGCCACUGUCAUGUAAAUGGACAGUAGUACCUUAAAAAAAAAAAAAAAACAAUAUUUUUAAAAAA